AUGACACGUACAAGGAGGACGGCCCUUCAUGUUGCGGCCAUGGCUGGACAUACAGAAAUUGUGGAGACAUUGGUGGAGAACAUGUCACCAGAAGACUUGGAAAUAAAAGACUCAAGUGGUUUUACAGCUCUUACAGCAGCUAUUAGUUACAAUGCAAAUAUCAAAAUAGCCGAAUGCAUGGUUAAAAAGAACAAGAAAUUACCAACCGUGGUUGAUGAAUUGUGUAUGCCUGUGGUAUGGGCCUUUCGGUAUUGUCAUAUUGAAAUGGCUCGUUAUCUAUAUUCAGUCGCAUCGAUAGAAUCAUUAUUGUCGGACGACGACAAUCGUGCACAUGCUGCUGGGCUCAUAAACCAAGCAAUAAUGACGAAAUGUUACGAUGUCGCUUUGCAUCUUCUGCAGCAUUGUCCACAGUUGGCCACAACUGCUGACACAGCUGGAAUUGCUAUAGUUAUAGAUGGAGACCGUGUCAUUAAAGAGAUAUAUACAAAACCCCCCACCAAUCCUAAUAUGAGCUCAGGGUUCAAGAAAAUAUAUGAAAUGAAAUUGAUCCACAUUCAAACCUCUGAACUUCUACGGCGAAUGUGCGACGAAAUAAAAAAAUUAGAUGAAACCCAAAUGUCAAGACCAGAUAUUAUAACAACACUUUUUGAAGCUGUGGAAAAGGGAAAUUUUGAAUUUGUUAGAAGUAUAUUUAAGUCAAGUCCAGAUCUAGAGGAGGUCUACGGUUUCCAUGAGAGGAAUAUAUUUAUGGCUGCAAUUCGUUGUCGCCAGGCAAAACUUUUUAGCCUUAUUCAUGGAGUUCGCUCCAAAUUAAAAGCAACAAAUCAUAGAGAUCGAGAUUCUAAUAACAUGCUACAUAUGGCUGGCUUAUCAUUGCCUCACCCACAGCUUGAUCGUAUUGCAGGAGCUGCUUUACAAAUGCAGAGAGAAUUACAAUGGUUUAAGGAGGUGGAGUCAGUUGUACCUCCAUGGACAUAUGAACACAUAAACUCUGAGUCCUUGACACCAAGACAACUAUUUACAAGGGAACACAAACAAUUGUUAUCUGAUGGAGAAAAAUGGAUGAAAGAGACAGCAACAUCAUGUACUGUUGUUGGUGCACUCAUUGUUACAAUCAUGUUUGCUGCAACAUUUACUGUUCCUGGUGGGAAUGAUGAAGGAACUGGUUACCCAAAGUUUCUUGAUAACAAAACAUUCAUGCUCUUCAUCAAAUCAGAUGCAAUCUCACUUUUCUCUUCCACUACUUCAGUUUUAAUGUUCUUGGGAAUCCUCACUUCAACGUAUGAUGAAGAUGAUUUCCUCAAAUCUUUGCCUAAGAAGCUCAUGAUUGGCCUUGGCACACUUUUCCUCUCUAUUGCUGCAAUGAUGAUAUCUUUCUGUGCUGCUGUUUCUGUGAUGCUUGAUGAUAAGAAAUCUUGGCUUGCGUUUUUUAUAAUUUCUCUGGCUGGUAUUCCAAUUACUUUAUUUGUUUUGAUGCAAUUCCCUCUUCUUAUUGAGAUUUACCUUUCUACUUAUAGACCUAAUAUCUUUAAUAGGAAGCCAUAG